GUCAUAUAACAAUUUUCCAGCAAUCAGCAUUGUAAUUUGCAAGUUGCAACAUUGCCUUUCCCCUUUGCCAUUUGGCUAUAAAAACAAAACUGAAAACACGCUUCGGCUUUCUCGUACUUAUCAUUAUUUAUACUGAUUUUAUAAAAAAAAAGUAAAUAUUGUCUACACGUACCCCGUGGUUGUAAACACAUAAUAUUUAGCACAGUAAACAUUUUACGUUGACAAAAUCUUCAAUAUAUUCUCAUAAAAAUGACCGUAAUUGCUGUGGAUGAUGUACCGCCAAAACUAACUAUGAAACUAUUUAUAAGAAAGCUUUCUUGGAUUGUGAAAGGUCAUUUUGAAGCCCUCGGCUUUGACUCUAAAAAUAAUACUUCCAAGACUUGUUAUUUAAAAUUAUCACCGAAUUUGAAUGUUGUCGAAGUUAUAAGAAGAAUCAACGAAACACCCAGUGGAAAAUUGAGGUUCAAGGCAUACAUCCCUUCAUCAGUUCCAAAUUUUACAGGAAAACCUACAACUUUGUCAAAUAAAUUGAGGAGAGUGAUAAAGAUACCAUUGGAGUUAUCACCAGAACAGUGCUUCCUAAAAGUGCAUAAUGAAAUUAUCACAGAAUUGGUGUACAAGUUCACAGGAUUACUUAGAAUCAGUCAAAAAACCAAUCACAGGCUUAUGGAAAAUAUUUGUUUUGCAGUAGCCGAAAGACUAAGACGCGUCGCUAACUCGUCUAAAAUAAACAACACACCAUUCAAACUCAGCUCGGCGUACAGAAAGGCCCAUCCGCAUGUUGGUGAUUUCCAACUUAUUUCGUCCACUUUGCAUAUGUUGGAGGAUGCGCAGGCGCAGCAGAGGUCACAGAUUAGCGAAAAGGAUUUGACAGUUGUGCAUGUUAAUCCAUAUGCUGUUGUGAAUAACGCACGACUCGAGAGAGUGAAAGAUGAUACUAAUAAAUAUUCAGACAGAAUUAUAAAAAGGGUGACAGAAUAUAUAAACAAGUUGAAUACAGAAUCUAAUCCAGAACAGAGUGAAGAGGAGAAAGCAAGAGUCAAUGUUAGGAAACAGUUGAAGAAAGUACAACCAUACUUAUCAGUUAUCAUCAGAGAAGUGACUGGGGCACAAUUGAUUCCAUUGCAUAAAUCGAACAGCAACACUAAGGUGAAUGAGUUCCCGGGGAACUAUGUGAAACCAAUGAGGCCAAGUUUGUGCAAAGUACGGAUAUACGGCGAGCCAUACUUCCCUGGUCGCGAAGACAUCAAACUGUUUUUGAAGAAGUUCGCAGCGAGAUCGAUACACAGAGCGGACGCCAUGUUUAAUUUGCUUCAUGUGAAAGUCACGCGGCAGGCGUACAAUAAGAUGUUGGCUGAAGACGGUGUUAUGAUUGGGGGCUGUAAACUUAUCAUACGCGGGUCAGAUUUUCCCACAUAUAAGAUUCCAGAAGAGGUUAUAAGGCAAAUAUCUCAUGUUCCCGAGCCGAUGCGAAAUGACAGACAUAUCGUCACGGAAAAUUGGGAAGAUUGGUGAAUGGAUUUGUGUAAAUAAGUUAGUUAGUAAGGAGUAUUAUAGAUAAAUAUAUUAUGAUUAUAAAC